CAACGUCACACAGGUAUGAUGACUGUAAAUGUUGCUGGACGCUUAGGGAAUUUACUUGGGGAGUAUGCUACGCUCUAUGGCCUUGCAAGACUUAAUGGUUACCAAGCCUACAUCUUUCCAGGAAUGCAUGACCAGUUAUCCAAAAUCUUUAAAAUUCGACUACCUGUUCUUAACCAGGAAUUUGCUAAGCGUAUCAAAUGGAAGGAUUACAGACUUCAUAAUUGGAUGUCUCCAGAAUACAGGAAUUUCCAAGGGGACUAUGUGAGACUAACUGGUUAUCCUUGCUCCUGGACAUUUUAUCAUUUUUUAAAGGAUGAGAUUCUAAGAGAAUUCAGUUUUCAUGAAUGGAUUAAGGAGGAGAGCUACGCUUAUCUUGCUAAUGUGCGAGGUAAUAAGAAAAAUGUUACCUUUGUUGGGGUGCACGUCCGCAGAGGAGAUUAUGUAAAAAUUCUGCCAAACAAUAAAGCAGUUGUUGCUGAUAAGGGAUAUUUACAGAAAGCAAUGGACUAUUUUAGAAAUAAAUACCAAAACCCAAUAUUUGUGGUGACCAGUAACGGCAUGGACUGGUGCAAGCAGAAUAUAAACAAUUCCCUGGGCGAUGUCAACUUUGCUGGAGAUGGUAGAGAAGGUUCUCCAGCCCGAGACUUUGCCCUUCUGGCACACUGUAAUCACACUAUUAUGACUAUAGGAACGUUUGGGAAUUGGGUUGGGUACCUGGUAGGAGGUGAGACUGUCUACCUGGCAAAUUAUACCUUACCUGACUCUAAUAUCCUUGAACGUAUAAAAUUUGAGGCCUUUUUUCGACCUGAAUGGAUUGGAAUUCCAGCAGACCUUUCUCCACUUCUGAAAAAUGGCAACCCAUAA